AUGCCGGGCGUUGGGGCGAUCGGGGCGCGGUGCAGGCACCGGCCACGCAGGAGCCCCAAGAAGAGCCCCAAGGCGGAGCCGGGCCAGGCCGGGGCCGCCAUGGACGCGGCGAUUUGGAUCUACCAGUUUCGGCUGAUCGUGCUGGGUGACUCCACCGUGGGCAAGUCCUGCCUCUUGCACCGCUUCACCGAGGGCCGCUUCCCGGGGCCGCUGCACUCCGACCCCACCGUGGGGGUGGACUUCUUCUCCCGGCUGGUGGAGAUCGAGCCCGGCAAGAGGGUGAAGCUGCAGCUCUGGGACACGGCGGGGCAGGAGCGGUUCAGAUCAAUAACACGCUCUUAUUACCGCAAUUCUGUGGGUGGCUUACUUGUGUUUGACAUCACAAAUCGACGAUCCUUUGAACACGUGGAAGACUGGCUAGAGGAAGCAAAAAUGCACGUGCAGCCCUUUCAGAUUGUGUUCCUGUUGGUAGGACAUAAAUGUGACUUAGUGUCACAGCGUGAGGUUACAAGAGAAGAAGCUGAAAAACUGGCAGCUGACUGUGGUAUGAGAUAUAUAGAAACUUCAGCAAAAGAUGCUACGAAUGUUGAAGAGUCCUUUACAAUUCUUACCCGAGACAUCUAUGAACUUGUCAAAAAAGGAGAAAUCUCAAUACAAGAUGGAUGGGAAGGUGUCAAGAGUGGGUUUGUUCCAAAUGUUGUACAUUCAUCAGAAGAAGCUGUAAAGCCCAGAAGAAAGUGUGUCUGCUGA